ACCAAGUCGUAUCGUUUCUUCCUUCAACAACAACUUCCUUCGCCUUUCCUCAUCCAAUCACAAUCCGACUCACCGCAGCUCAUCUUCAUAUAUAUUCGUUCACGCACUUAAUUCAUAUCCAACCUACAUCUCUAUCCAAUCUAGUAGCUUAACACUUACAUGCCCUCUCUCGCUAGUCAAUUGAAGAAAACUCUCCACAUGGGUGAAAACAAAGCUGAGGCUAGCGCAAAGCUGCCUAUCCCUACUCCUGUAUCUGCGGCUACUCAAGAGCCAAAGAACCCUUCUGGUUCAGCGGCUUUCUUCGAUGCUGUCGAGAACCGCCGUUCAUACUAUGGCAUAAAAGCCGAAUCCCCUUUGACCGAUGAACAACUCGUCGCUCUCGUCGGUCGUGCCGUCAAACACGCACCAAACUCUUUCAACAUGCAACAGAGUCGUGCGGUCGUUUUGACUGGAAAAGCUCAUGCAGAGCUUUGGGAGAAAGUUCUCGAGACUAAUCUCAAAGGUCUCGGUGGUGACAAGGACCAAGAAGAACAAGCUCGCGGUCGUGUCAACGGAGCUUUCAAGACUGGAUACGGUACCGUCGCCUUUUUCGAAGACAUGGACGUUGUCAAGGCUUGGGGAGAGAAGAUGCCUUUCGUCGCCGAGGCCUUUGUCCAAUGGUCUGACGUAGCCACCGGAAUCCUCCAAUACAUCGUCUGGACCGCUCUCGAGAAAGAAGGUCUCGGUGCCAGUCUUCAGCAUUACGCUCAAUAUAGCCAAGAGACUCAGGACGCCAUCACCGAGCUCUGCAAAGUUCCUGCCGCCUGGAGGUGUACCGCUUUGUUGCCCUUCGGUGUCCCUAUCGGUCCCCCUGGUAAUCCCGCCCACCCCAAAGACUUUCAACCUUUGGAAGAACGUGUCAAACUUAUCUCCGCUUAGAGCUUAGAGGAUUGACAGGAUGUUCGCUUUGUGUGAUUAGUCAGUGAAUAUGCAGAUUAUUCAAUAAUUAC